AUGGGACCCUCAGCUAGACAGACUGACGCGAUCACGGAAAGCGAACUGAACAACGGAGUUGAUUCCAAAAGUAAUAUUUUAAAACUCAAUCCAUUUAUCGACCAUGGAGUAAUUAAAGUAGGUGGGAGAUUGACUAAUGCGAAUCUACCAGUAUCACAAAAACAUCCGAUUAUACUUCCCAAGAAUCACUCCAAGACACUCUAUGGCGUUCGCGAAACCUUCUGGCCUAUCGAUGGGCGUAACACCACGCGGCACAUUGUUCGACAAUGCGUUCGAUGCUGCAGAGUGAAUCCAUGUGAAAUAAAUUACUUAAUGGGUAACUUGCCCGAAAAUCGGUGUGGUCCCGUUUUUAUUAAGGAGCGUCGCCACCGUAGUCGCGCAAAGGCAGAAACUUACGUUUGUGUCUUUGUAUGUUUUGCCACGAAAGCAGUUCAUUUGGAACUCGCAAGCGAUUUGUCCUCGGAGGCCUUUCUGGCCUGUUUAAAAAGAUUUUUCUCUCGUCGAGCUCCUCACUUUGGAGGUCUCUGGGAAGCUGCGGUCAAGUCCUUCAAAAAGCAUUUCACGCGAAUCACAGGCAACGCGCUGCUAACCUUUGAACAGUUACACACGUAUGUAGUUGAGAUGAAGGCAAUAUUGAAUUCGCGCCCUUUAACACCCCUAUCCUCGGAUCCCGACGACCUUCUUCCGUUAACCCCAGGUGACUUCCUUAUCGGAACCUCUCUGAUGAGCUUUCCACAAAAGGAUUUGCGCAACGUUUAA